AGAAAGAAAGAAAUAAACAUAAUAUAAAAGCCAACCCUAAAGUAAUGCUAUUCUGGACAGACUCCUUUUUCUCAAACAAACGACGACUUUCCUUUCCUGCUGCGUUCAUUCCAAAUUCCAAACCCACCAUAAUAUCUAGCUUCUUGUGAAGGCUGUUAGUUUGAUUUAGAAGUUGAUAUUGAUAAUUUGCUGUGAUGGGUGGCCAAAGGAGUGGUUAUGGUAAGCGUCCCCACUCUCAAUCUGACCAUGAUAAUGGGCCAAAUAAAAGGAGGAAUCAUGGUGAUGACAGAGAGCAGUUUGUGAUUGAUUUGGAGGAUACUGUGUAUCGUUACGUGUGCCCGGGUCGAAAGAUUGGCAGUGUUAUUGGUAGGGGAGGUGAGAUUGUUAAGCAGCUGAGGGUGGAGACUAAGGCUAAGAUUAGGAUUGGUGAGACGGUGCCGGGGUGCGAAGAGCGUGUCGUUACUAUUUAUAGUCCCAGUGAUGAGACUAAUGCUGUUGAGGGUGGUGGCAACUAUGUGUCUCCGGCUCAGGAUGCUUUGUUUAAGGUGCAUGACAGAGUGGUUGCCGAGGACUUUCACGGUGACCAGGAUGAUGAUGGAGGCCAACAAGUGACUGCUAAGCUGCUAGUGCCAUCUGAUCAGAUAGGUUGUGUUAUUGGAAAAGGUGGGUCAAUAGUUCAGAACAUACGUAGUGAAACGGGGGCCCAGAUUCGGAUACUGAAGGAUGAUCAUUUACCUUUGUGCGCUUUGAGCUCUGAUGAACUUGUGCAGAUUACUGGGGAUGCUUCAGUUGUGAAAAAGGCUCUGUGUCAAAUUGCAUCUCGACUUCAUGACAAUCCUUCACGAUCUCAGCAUCUUCUUACUUCUGCUGUUCCUGGUGUAUAUCCUGCCGGUGGUUCACUCAUUGGUCCAGGUGCUGGAGCUCCAAUUGUGGGGAUAGCUCCUCUUGUUGGUGCUUAUGGGGGAUAUAAAGGUGACACUGGUGACUGGCCGCCGCGGUCCAUGUACUCAGCUCCAAGGGAUGAGGCAUCUACAAAGGAAUUUUCAGUUCGAUUGGUUUGUCCAACAGGAAACAUUGGAGGUGUGAUAGGAAAAGGUGGUAUGAUAAUCAAUCAAAUUAGGCAGGAGUCCGGGGCAACAAUCAAAGUUGAUAGUUCAACAACAGAAGGAGAUGAAUGCUUGAUAGCCAUUUCGACCAAAGAGUUCUUUGAAGAGACUUUCUCUCCAACAAUAGAAGCAGCUGUGCGUUUGCAACCUCGAUGCAGUGAGAAGGUUGAAAGAGAUUCAGGAAUCAUCUCUUUCACUACCCGUCUGCUGGUACCAACCUCACGUAUUGGUUGCCUUAUUGGUAAAGGGGGGUCUAUCAUAACUGAGAUGAGGAGGCUUACAAAAGCUAACAUUCGCAUUAUUUCGAAGGAAAAUCUUCCUAAGAUUGCAUCUGAAGAUGAUGAAAUGGUGCAGAUUUCAGGAGACCUUGAUAUUGCCAAGGAUGCUCUAGUGCAUGUACUUACGCGGUUGAGAGCAAAUCUUUUUGAUAGGGAGGGUGCUCUCUCUUCAUUCCUUCCAGUUCUGCCAUAUCUCCCUGUUUCAGCAGAUGGAUCAGAUGGCCUAAACUAUGAUGGUAGAGAUGGUAAAAGACAUGGACGUGGACAUUCAUAUUCAAGUGGGUAUGGAGGCUCAAGUGAUUUAGCAGCUGGUGACAUUUAUGGAAGCUAUGGUGGUUCUCAGCUUGGAAGCAACAGUGCUUAUGGGGCUUAUGGAAGUUAUUCUUUGGGACGGUCUAGUACUGCUGGGUUGUCAAGUCAGAGUGGUGCUUCUAGGAGGAGAAACCAUGCUUACUAGACUUAAUGGUCCAUGCAGCUGAGAUCUAUGAAGCCUGCAGCCUGCCUACUGCCUAAACCAGAAGACCUGAUGAACCAGGGUUUGACAAACUUAUGGCCCACCCUGAAGCUUCUACUUAGAGGACCAAACAUAUGUGGAGACUAUUGAAAUUGGCCAUGUCCAUUUUACCUUAAUUCCCAAGCUUGAUAACUUGUGCACCCAAGAACCUAUAAAGCUGGCUUGCCUUUGCUUCUGUUUUUAUUAUUGUGGUUCAUUUGUCUUUAAAACUGAAAACACCAUGUAGCUUUGAUCAGCCUGCAGUUGUAUACUAUUUAAUGUUUUUUGGUUUUAUUUUCUCAUAGUUCACUGUCACAUGCAGUAUGAACUUUUCUGGUUAUUUGAAUUUCAUCUUUUUCCUUCUAAGUUGACCUUAUUAUAUACAUCAAAGUUUGGUGGAGUUUUGGUGUCGUGUAUUGCAGGUGCCACUCUUUGCCUAUAAUAUAUCAUCUUGAGCAGGUAAAGGCGUGUUGCAUUAUUUGAUUCUGAUAUUCCAUACUUAUGGUUAUUGUUAAGUACCUUGCCCAACUACACCUUUUUAGUUUGAAGUUAUGAAAGCCGUUCUUAGUAUGUUGUUAAUGUUAACUUAACUACUGAAGCUCAUAGUAAGAAAUAAGUUGUUUGAGGAAAGAUAAUUGCAUGGCAUGUAUGGUCUUUAGUGAUUCAGAAAUAUCUGGAUCUGUUUGAUGAAUUUUGUUUUGAGAAUAAGUUGUGAAAGCUUGAAGGCACUCUAGCAGCAGGGGUGGUGAUGGUGGCAGUGGCCGUGGUCGUGGUAGUUUGAAGUGAAAAUAGAAAAUUUAUUAAAACGUUAAAGAAAACAAAAACAUCUAAAACGUAUUUUAAUUUUCUGCACUAAAAACAGAUUAUGAGAAAGAAGUCUUAAAAAAUUAGAUAAUAAAAAAAUAGACACCUAAAUAGAUUUUGUCUAAUUUUUGAAAAUAAAGAACUUUUAAAAAUAUUUAAUAGUAUUCAAACAGGCCAUCUCCUGUUGCGCGUUUCUUUUCUCUUUUGUCAUUACGAAACAUGCUUGGAUAUUUCAAUUGUCAAUGCAGAUCAUGGUUUUUGUUUGAGUUUAAUUAGCAUUCAACUGCAUUGAAUCAUUUUUAUUUUUAAUUUUUUAGUCUGAUUGCUUGGUUCAAAUUAUAUUGGGCUACUGCUACUGACAAAAGUUGGCAUAAAAACGAAGAUAUUUGCUGUCAGGCUAUUAGGUCACCUGCACAGUCAGAGUCUUCUGAUAUGCCGCCAGUGAUCCAAUGGCCAGUGCAAAGGUGUGCCUAGUGUCGGUUACUCUUAUAAUACUAUUCUUAAGUGAUCUGAAUUCUUUUUGGAGGUUUGGUGUCUUUCACUUUUCCAGGUAGUUGGAUUAGAUAACAUUGUGCUUUCAGUACUUUGAUGAUGCCUGGAGAGAUAUUUUGGAUGAAUUGGAAUUCGGUGGCUAAUGUGGUAGAUUGUCUUACAUUGUUUUUUAACUGAUUUGUAAUUUUAAGUGAAAUGCACCGUGAUUUGUUCUAUGCAACUCAUUUGGGGUAUAGGCCAUAUUAGGUAUAAUAUUUUUUGUUGUUGAGAACUGAUGAUUCCCUUAUGAUUGGUGCAGAAACGUCAUGACUAAAUUUGCUUUUAUGAUUUUGUUCUUAAUAUUGUAUUUAUUAUUUCUCACUGGAGGCUUGGUAUGUUACAUUGAUGAGCAAAAGUGUACCAAGUGAAUUUUUCAGACUGCA